GAGAGCAGACGCCACAUAUGCCAUUUGUAUGCUUGGCAGAACGGUGGCAGUGCGCCAUUGGGGACUGUUUAUUCUGGGUUUGUCAGGUUGGCCCGCUACUUGUUUGAGUUAGGACUACACGUUGCUGACUGUGUAGUUCUGUAGACUACCACAGAUGAAAGCCAUUCGUGCCUGUGAGCAUGGAGGAAGGAACACAUGUGUGAGUGAGUCAGUCGCUGGACAAAAAAUACUAUGAUGGUCUCCAGGAGUAACGUACACUGUCCCCCAACAAACUAGAAGUAUUCUUAUGUGCAGGAUUAAUGUCUUGCAGUUGAAAACCCUGGUGGAGACUAUGGAAUUAGGAAACAAUGUGUCUCUUUACCCAUGAUUACCAACAAUUGGAGCAGCUCACGGCCUGUAGGUACGCAUUUGACGCUGACCAUCACAUGGAAACCACCUGAACAACGCGAGUUUGACCUUAAACUUCUCAACAAAACCAAGUUACACGGGAUUAACUCCUACAGGUAAAGGGGUCCAGUAACCGGUUAGUGGAAGGUUUAGACCAAAGGCCACACGGGGUAGGGUUAGACCUAUUCUCCAUGUUUAUUCGAUGAACUUUGACAAUGGAGAGUUUUUCGGCGACAGAGGAAGCGUAUCUGGUGUCCCUUGACGGAGACAACUCGACCGUGGAUCCGUACAAAAUCGAUAUCGCCCCGUACUUCGUGGUUCUCAACACCGUGUAUUACGCUAUCCUUGGCCCAGUGGCUAUCACCGGGAACAUCCUUUCGGUGUUAGUUACUCAACGAAUACUGAGUUACCGUAAAAGCAUUCCAGACAUGCUGACGGGGUGCUUGGCUGCCAUCGACUUACUCUGUGUGAUAUCCACACAUACUCCGUCCGUAAUCUCUCUAGCCAGGGGUCAGUGGACAGGUGGAUCUCCCAUCUGUUCUUACCAGUACUUCAUGGCAUGGUCCUGUCUCAAAACCUCCUUCUUUAUCAUCAUUUUGCUAACUGUGGACCGGUAUCUUGCUUUAGUCAAACCUUUCUACUAUCGAGCUAAGGUCACGCCCCGGCAAAUGAAGAUUGCAUUGGCGUGUUUGACUGUCUUCAGUUUUGCCGGCACCUCUGUCACUAUCAUCUGGUUUUCCGACGAAAUCAGCCUCCUGCCAAAUUGGUAUCUUUGCAUGAACACUUGGGGAAAAGGUAACGAGUACUACAGCUAUAUCUUGGCCUUUUACGGAAUGACUUUCAUCGUUGGUGUUAUCCUCUUCAACGUGUGUAACACAGGAAUUGUCUGCUCUUUGAUAAGACACAGUAAGAAGGGCCAACGGAUGAAGCUUCGAGUUCUCUCAGCGGCGCAAUACCAGCGAGAGAGACGAGUCGCUAAGGUUAUUGAGACCUUGUCUGUCGUGUUCAUGCUGUUCUGGAUGCCUUAUUUGGUGUUCAUAAUCCUUCACCAGUACAACCUAUUCUACAGUGAAUUCGCUGAGGACCUCGCCAUUCGUGUCUUGUUUGCCAACACUCUUCUGAACCCGGUGGUAUACGGUCUGUUCAACCGAACCUACCGCAAAGCUUACGUCUAUUUCAUCAGGAAGUUGCUCUACUACGCCCUCUGUGGGAAGAUCAAGAAGCCAAAAGUUUGGACAGGUAGUGAACAUUCAAUAGGAAGAGGAUCAGCCAAACGAGUCAAAAACAGCCCCGGUAUAAACUCUCAAUCGGUCCAUGAGCGAAAAAUUUACUACCUUCGGAGGUCUUACCUGCAACGUCGAUACGCAAGGAAGACACAUUCACACGGAAAACGAGGUCAACCUGAGGACACAACGCAGGAAGUAAGCCUCAGUGAGUUUGGAAUAAAUGGCAACACACCGCAGGACAUCGACAUUACACCUGCAGAUAGCAUGGAUGAACUCUCCGUAAGCAAUCUCCGUAACUGUGACUUCGACAACACUGGCUUCACUCUGAAUUCCCAAGAGGAUCUCAUAGGAGCAAAUGAGGACUCAAGGGCUAGUAAUGUGGGGAUUUUUACAAUAAGCAACCGAGAGAAUCUGGAAGAAAGGUUGAACUGUAAGGUUAACAAAUCGAAGAGUCACUCUAAUGGUAGGAUAGUUGGCAUGGAGACGGUGACAUCCCUGGAGCUGGAAACCACGCCAGCAUACAAUGAUGCCGGUACUGAGUCAACCUGGCUUUGACAAUGUUUUGUACAUGACCACGUUAGCUAUAACUCCUUCGCUGUCACACCCUUAAAACGUGAAGUGAAAUUCUGCUCGAAAAGGUCGGAUGAAAUGGAUGCAUUCUUUGUAAAAAGGCUACGUUGUCGAAUUUACUCCCUGUGGUAAUUUCAUGUUGAGUUACAUCUGCCGAGUGUUAUGGUUUUGUAGGAUGCUUAAACGUUGUUUCCAAAUAUACCCAGAAACAAAAUAAGGAGUAAUUUGCUUUGUUCAAGUAGCAGUGACUUUAUUUCCAUAAAGAUAAUCGUCAGAGAUUUAACUUUCUGAUUCACUUGAUUUCAAUAUCGUUGCCUUUUUUUUUCUAAUGCCUAUCCACGAGCUUGUGGUUUGAUACUGAUAAAAACGUGUGGUAAUGCAUUGGUUUUGUGUAGCAUCUCUAACGAUAGUUUCUCACGAUAUAAACUGCUCGGGAAAUGACAGAAAGAUGGAAGAAUUUAAACAUGGAUCAGUUAACCUCAGAACGUUGGGAUAUAAACCCAACGCAUAUCUCCUAAUCAAAGUUUUGUUAAGGUGUAGGCCUAAAGGGUAGGGUGAGGAACCUCAGCGUGUCAUUGCACACACCACAAUUUCAGUGUGGGUUUGUAUACCAGAAUUCCGAGCAAAGUGAUAUCAAAAUGCUGCCAUUGGACUAAGCUUCGCAGAACCUACAGCGUACACCAUAAUUUUAAUUUUGCGAGCUUAAAAGAUAAUAAUACCUCUGAUGUAACCAUGCGAUCGUGUCAAUCUGCCCGUUCUUUGGGCGUACAUUAAAGGAAAAAUAAUAAAAUCCUACUGAAAAGGAUUUGGGAAGUCAUCAUUAUAUGAGGGGUCAUUACUGUUUAGUUGGAAAACGGAAAAACUUAAGAUACUUAUUAAAGGAUGUUGCAAACGUUUAUACUAUGUGUGGACCUUAUUUUUAUGAGAUUAGUUUAAAAGACAUCUCUGACAAAAAUUUAUUUAUUGAGAAUUUUUACUUAAAAAUUUGUAAUUAUUUUAACUUCGGUUGAUCUACAUUUCUUUCCAUUGUGUCAUUGCUGUGAGAUAUGUUUAGGACCAAUUUUAACCAGAGUUUAUUCAGUCCCGUGUUAGCAUCUGAUUUUUAUUUAUAUGAGCAUUCUUUUUUAAAGGUUUUGAACAAAAAGUUAGUUUGACAAGUGCGGGUGCUUUUAUUGUCUUGCUCAUUAUAUGUACAUGUCUUAUUUUUCAUUUACAAAUAAGUAACAAUUCAAUCAACUCAAAGAAACGUGAUUACUUUAACCAGAGAGAUGAAAUGGAAAAUUUUACCAGUUUGAACUGUAAUUGUUAAUCAUCCACUUAAAUCUCCAGCCCCCUAAAAUCGAACUUUUCUACCAUUUCCAAAAGGUCACAGACAAAGUUGUAUUUGCCGAGCUCUUUGUGUAUGUAAGAACUUAAACACAUCCGUCUAUACAACACCCUGAGCAAAAGCCAGAGUUGAUGUGUUCCUAAUGUGUCUAUAUUUGUGUCACUUUGGACGACUUUGAGAUGCCAUUGUUGCUCACAUGUUUACAUGAUCAUGGUUUGAAAUUUGUUACUUUGUCACAUUCAUCCAAGCUUGGGUUUUAUCAUUAAAAUGAAAAAUGGAAUAGUGGCUCUGACUGACAGAAAAAAAUCCUUUUAAAAUUCUUCCGAAUAAGUGUCUGUUUUUGAGCAUUAUUUUCCUUAACAAUUUAUGGGACCUUUUACUAGCCCAUAUUUUCAUUGUACGUGUAUAACUGGUAUAGAAGAGGACGGACAGAGAGUUUCUCAACAUGAAGAGAUCCCAAAAUGCACAGUCGAAUUUCUAGUACUGUUUCCAGCACACCUGUUGCUGUUGGUGUGCUGCCGAGAUUUAACAUUUAGUGUGCAUGAAGAUAUUUAGAUUGGGCGUUAACUGCGGUUCUUUGGUGCAGUUUUGAACCUCCAGCAGUGUUUCGUCCGUCUUUUAAUUGGAUACACAUUGUAAUUAAAGAGAAAAUUUAUUUGUUGUCGUGAUUUAGUACACUCUCUAAAUCAGGGUACAUGUAAUUAAAUCUGACAUUUUAGGCCACAUAUGACUAACCAAGGUCAGCUUGUCAUCGGGAAAAAGAUGUUUCAGGUUCAAUCUGACAACUGAGCUAAACACGAAGACGUUAAGUAUGUCAAGACUAUUAGAUCAUCAGCUUUUUCACGUUCUUUCCGGACAUUUCAUGAUGAACAACCGUCAUGCAUCGAAACCUGGUCUAAACAAAGGGGAAUUAAGGAUACAAUGCCUAACUUUCAUAAGCGUGUGCUCCCAACCAACCACAUCACCCCACCAUCUAAUCCAUAUGCCCAUGCACCCAUCCAAUCUGAACCUUAAAAUUUUGGUCGGUGUGAAGUAGAAUUCAGACUUCAUUUCCAUAACGGAUUAAUGCCUAACUUCCAUGUACGUGCAUUGACCUAUUAAGUUUUAGAGGAAUUUGUACAUGUCCGCAAAUUGAAAAAGAACUUACUUCCUUCAAUUAAUUGCAUUAAUCGGUCGGUCGUGAUAGAUUUUGACAGCAAACGAUCCGUGGUUUCCAUGGUAAAGGAUUUGUAGGUCUUGAACCUGAAGGUAGAGGAUGAUGAGUCAGUUUGGAGAUAGUUUGAAAAAUAAAACUUGAUGGAUCUUUAGCAACUUGAUAUGCCAAGCAGAUAAGCUUUUGGCACGUGUUCUGGCGUGGUGUCAUCCCGUGGACGUGUUUACUUCCACCUGUUGGUGGACUCUGAGUGACAUUGAUUACCGCUUGUCGUUUCCAUUACCAACGACAAGCAGUCACAAUCAUACCCCAGGCUUUGGAACUGAAAUGGGGGAAAAUCUACUUGACUCAGUGUUAAGUUUACGCAACCAAGUUUGUUUUUUCUUUCUGCUCUGAAUUAUAUGGGACAACUUUUUUGCAGCAAGAGAUUCUGACCGCGCGCAAUUUUGCCUGCUAUCCUAACCAGUAGGAUUAGCAACAAAAAAGUGCUCCUGCUUAUUACGGGGUGCUUCGAAGCUAUACUCGUUUCCCUACGGACUUUGUAUUGUACAGUUGAGAACACUGUGAACUGUUCGUAUUGUCUCUCUUUCAAGACCUCCAGUGAAUUAAGUAUUGUUUGUAGGUUUGUCAAAUGUUUACAUUGAAAAUCAACAAUUCCUUCUUUGAUAAUUUAUUGUCCUAGCAGAUCACCGUGAAAUCUAUUUGCAAACUGUGUCUCAUUCUGAAAAGGAAUUGAUCCCAAAGGCAGGCUUUCAACUGCUGAGCAACGACUGGCGUGUUAAAUAUUACCAUAGUUAUUUUUUAUUCUAUCACAAGCAGUGAGGUAGAUGUAGUGCCAUGAUGUUAAGCCUUAGCCUUAACGGUGCUUUAAGGCUUGAUUUUAGGACCCUUGCCUCAGCCUUAAAGCUUGAGGGUCAAAGCCUGGGCCUUAGCCUUUAGGCCUACCCUGAGGAUCAAAGCCUUCGCUCAUAAGCCUAUCUGUCCGAGAUUGUACAGUUAGCCACACAUGUACAUGUAGACUUUGUGUUCCGUUACAGUUGGUAAUUACCAUUAAUAUUGUGUACCUCAUUUCUUCUGUUAUUAGAAAAAUCUGUCUCGUUUGUUGAAAGGAAAUUGCUAGAAUUUCAGUGAGCAUAUUAAAACAAAAGUAAAUGAA